AUGGACUCGCUGGACAAAAAGUUGAGAAGUUGCUCUAUCUCAUAUCAUUCUGAAUUUUCGAAACCGAUUGUCUGUGAUGACGGCGGAGGUGUCGAAAUCGUUAAGGCCGGAAAUCUAGCGGCUUUAGUGGACCAUCUCACCCGCCAUGACAAACUGGACGCCUCGUUUAACCGCACAUUCCUCACGACCUACAAAUAUUUCAUAUCAACAUAUGAGCUUAUUCGGCUUCUCAUUGAUCGAUUUGAUGGUACGCCACCAGAUUUGAAUCCGACUCAAGCUGCCGAAUGGUCAAAUCAGAUAAAGCCCUUGGUGCGACUACGAGUGAUAAACAUUUUCAAGCAAUGGCUUGAGAGUUUCUGGGGUGAUUCAAGUCGCUGUGAUGCCACCGCCAAACAGGAUUUGCUUGAAAUUAAGGCGUUUGUGUAUCGAAUCAAUGAUGCUUCCGAAGCAGUUGCGGCCCGUCAGCUCCUUUCAAUUAUCCAGUGUCGACUCGAGGGCGUCGUCAACAUAAAGACAAUCCAACCUUCUUUAUCAAGUGCACCAAAACCAAUUCUUCCAAAGAAACUGAAUAAACUACAAUUUCUCAAAAUCGACCCUAAGGAGAUAGCGCGGCAGUUGACUAUUAUGGAAUCAUCAAUGUUUGCUAAAAUACAACGGAGCGAAUUGUUGAACAAGUCAUGGCAAAAGAAAGACACUUCCGGAGGUCCAGGGCCAGCUCCGCAUAUCAGGGCCUCGAUCCAAUAUUCAAAUCAAGUGUCUAACUGGGUGGUUGCUCUCAUAAUUGGGGAGUCGGAACUCAAAAAGCGAACCCAAGUCAUCGGGCACUUCAUAAAUGUGGCAAGCGCUUGCCAUGAUCUCCAGAACUACUCAACGGUUAUCAGUAUUCUAUCCGGUUUGGAAAGUGCUCCAAUCUACCGGCUAAGUCGAACAUGGGCAAUGGUCACCGAACGAAGCUGCAACACAUUAUCACCCAUGCAGGCCAUGAUAUCUAGCACGCAGAAUUACAACGCAUACCGCGAGACUAUCAGAGCUGCAGUACCACCUUGCAUACCAUUCCUCGGCCUUUUCCUAAAAGACUUGACCUUCAUCGAAGACGGAAACCCAGGCUUGACCCCGGAAGGACUGAUUAAUGUCCACAAAUACACAAUGCUAGCGUCGACUAUUCAGGAUGUUCAGCGUUUCAAAGAAGCACCGUACUGUUUGCAGCCUGUCCCGAGUUGCAAGAAUACCUUGCAACUGAACUACAGUCAGCUGUUGAGUUGCACGAGCUGUGGCCAAAAAGCUGCGAGUUAG